AUGUCCAACACAACCGGCAGAGGGCAUGGGGGUCUUAAUCAACUAGGCGGCAUGUUUGUAAAUGGACGCCCGCUUCCGGAGGUCAUCCGGCAGCGCAUUGUGGACAUGGCUCACCAGGGCGUUCGGCCCUGCGACAUCUCCCGUCAGCUGCGGGUCAGCCAUGGCUGUGUCAGCAAGAUCCUGGGCAGAUACUACGAGACAGGAAGCAUAAAACCUGGAGUGAUCGGUGGCUCCAAGCCAAAGGUGGCCACCCCGAAAGUGGUGGACAAGAUUGCAGAGUACAAGCGACAGAAUCCCACCAUGUUCGCCUGGGAAAUCAGAGACAGGCUCCUGGCUGAGGGAGUGUGUGACAGUGACACGGUGCCCAGCGUUAGUUCCAUAAACAGGAUCAUCCGGACCAAGGUGCAACAACCAUUUAAUGUUCCCUUGGAGAGCAAAAGCCUCAGCCCAGGUCACACACUAAUUCCAAGUUCGGCGGUGACCCCUCCCGAGUCGCCUCAAUCCGACUCUCUGGGUUCCACCUACUCCAUUAGCGGCCUGCUGGGUAUUCCACAGGCCAGCUCAGAAGGCAAGAGGAGUCAUGACGACAGUGACCAGGAGAGCUGUCGGCACAGCGUGGACUCUCAGGGCAGUGGUGGUGGACCGAGGAAGCAGCUGAGGCCUGAACAUUUCUCAUCGCAGCACCUGGACUGUGGCUUUGAGAGGCACCACUAUACCUCCGACACAUUCGGUUCUACCACCGCUGGCAAGUCUGAGCAGUCUCUGUAUCCUCUCUCUCUCCUCAACGGAAGUCUAGAGGAAGGCAAGAGCAGCCUCGCAACAUCCAGCGCCGCCAUUGGUCGAAACCUAGCAACACACCAAGGCUACACAGUUGUGACAGAUGCCCUACAGCCCCUUCCCAUCUGCCUGAAACAGGAACUGUCACCAGACGGGGCCAGCUCAAGCCCCUCGCCCAACAUUAUUGCCAACUCGGCGUUUUUGGAAAUGGGCGCCAUUUCGGCUCCAUCGCCAGUGUCCAUGGGUAACAGUGGCAGCAGUUCCAUGCAUUUCUCUCAUACCUUCAACUCAUUUCCCCAUCAUGCACCAGUGUACAGCCAGUUCAGCAGCCAGUCUCUUAUUACAGGGCGAGACAUGGUGAGUUCCACCCUCCCUGGAUAUCCUCCACACAUCCCGUCAGCCGGACAGACAGGUUACUCGUCCUCGGCUAUCACGGGAAUGGUAACAGGGGCUGAGUACUCGGGCCAGACGUACACACACUCACCAUACACGUCUUACAGCGACGCCUGGAGAUUCACCAACUCCAGCAUACUAGGCUCGCCAUAUUACUACAGCUCCGCCUCCCGCACAGCUCCGCCCACUACCACUGCGUACGACCACCUUUAG